AUGGAGAGUCCGUGGGAGGAGGGCAGUGGCUCGGCCUGCGCGGCGCAGCGAGAGGCGACCCGAAGACGAUGGGGAGGCGGGCACAGUCGACCUAAGGGUGGAGAAGGGGGAAGGAGAAGGACGCGCGUUCCCGGGCUCGUGACCGCCGGCGGCCAGGGGAACCGGCGGCCAGCCAGCCCUGGAGAGAUGGCAGGCAGCGCGGACCUGCGACUCGGGGGAUCCCACCACCACCUGCUGCUGCUAGUGGCCGCCCUGAUUCUGGCUGCUACGCGGGUCAGCGGAAGCGCUGCAGCCUGGACCGAAGAGAAGAAUUAUCACCAGCCAGCCAUCUUGAAUUCAUCAGCUCUUCGACAAAUCGCAGCAGGCACAAGUAUUUCGGAAAUGUGGCAAAACGACUUACAGCCGCUGCUGAUCGAGCGGUAUCCGGGCUCUUCGGGAAGCUACGCUGCUCGGCAGCACAUCAUGCAGCGGAUUCAGAAACUUCAGGCCGACUGGGUGGUGGAAGUGGACACCUUUUUGAGCAGGACGCCCUAUGGGUUCCGGUCUUUCUCUAAUAUCAUCAGCACCCUCAAUCCCUCUGCUAAGCGGCACUUGGUCCUCGCCUGCCACUAUGACUCCAAGUAUUUUCCUCACUGGGAUAACAGAGUGUUUGUGGGAGCCACUGAUUCGGCCGUACCAUGUGCAAUGAUGUUGGAACUUGCUCGUGCCUUAGACAAGCAGCUCCUUUCCUUGAAGAAUCUUUCAGACUCCAGGCCGGCUGUCUCCCUCCAGCUUAUUUUCUUUGAUGGAGAAGAGGCUUUCCUCCACUGGUCUCCUCAAGAUUCGCUGUAUGGGUCUCGGCACUUAGCUGCAAAGAUGGCAUCGACCCCGCACCCGCCUGGAGCGACAGCCACCAACCAACUGCAUGGCAUGGAUUUAUUGGUCUUACUGGAUUUAAUUGGAGCUCCAAACCCAACAUUUCCCAAUUUUUUUCCAAACACUGCCAGAUGGUUUAGUAGACUUAAAGCAAUCGAACAAGAACUUUAUGAAUUGAAUUUGCUCAAGGAUCACUCUUUGGAGAGGCAGUAUUUCCAGGACUUUGGAUAUGGAGGUGUGAUUCAGGAUGACCAUAUACCAUUUUUAAGAAAAGGCGUUCCAGUUCUACAUCUGAUACCAUCUCCUUUCCCUGAAGUUUGGCACACCAUGGAUGAUAACGAAGGAAAUUUGGAUGACUCCACCAUUGACAAUCUGAACAAAAUCCUACAAGUUUUUGUGUUGGAAUAUCUGCAUUUGUAAUUUUGAUUUAGUUUAUUUAGUAAUUAUGGUAAUUGCUUUUAGUGUUGAAUUCACAAGUCAAGGUUUUUAGUAAUCUGGUUCCAGACAGAUGCUGUGUGAAAUUUCUAUCCUAUAGAUUCAUUUUGGAGGUGUCUUUGAUUAAUGUAAUCAAUGAAUCAUAGAAUUAUAUUGUGAUCCAAAUCCCAUAUUGAUUUUGCUCUAGAGAUGAAAAAAGAGAACAUGUGAAGGAAAAAGAAAAAUAUUUUAAAAACUUAUUGAACUAAGUGAAAUUAGAUUCAUUUAUUUAAUAGAAUUGUCUUCUAAAACAGUGUUUAAAAAUAAUGAUAUUGUAUAAUAUGUAGCCUUAGCUUCAUGACUUAUCAUAUUUGGCAAUCUAUUAUGUAUACCACAAAAGAAACAGUUUGAAGCUCUCAAUUUUCUUUUAGAAAUAUGUUGGAUUAAUUUCAUGGAAAUUAAAAUAAGAAUUAAAUAACAUGUUGUAAAUUUCUUUUU